AUGACGCCGAGGGGUGCUUGUGACUCGUGCAGACAACGUAAAAUUAAGUGUGACCGUUCUUCACCGAUAUGCUCCCCGUGUCGUUUAUCUGGUCUCCUGUGCACCUACUGCAUGUCACGCCGGAAACGAGGUCCCAAGCCUAAGAGUCGAUCAAUUCAAGCUGUCACGCCCGAACGAGGACCCAGGCUUCCCACAUCUCACGACCGUGAGCCGCGAGGCAUCUCGAACUCUCCAUGUGAUGCUGCUCCCAUUCAUGAAAUCAGCCCGGAGACACAGCCUGGAGGCAUUAUCAAUCCAAGCCCACUCGCUGUCUGCCACCGAGAUCUUGUUUCAUACUGUGCAAGGGAGGGAUACACACCCGAACAGUCAGUCGAGCGUUGCAUCGACCUCUAUAUGCAAUUUGUCUUCCCUCUACUACCGAUUAUCUGCGAAUCUACUCUUCGCUCCCAGGCAACACUAAAUCUCCCGUCUUUCACUGACGGGAUACUCUCGCCCCUUUCCGCCUUGACGCCGGAUAUGAUUGCCGCGAUCCGAACUUACUCCUUAACUGCGUCUCUCUGCGCCGUCGUCGCGCACGUCAGGCCAUGCGAGGUGUACCCCGAACAUGACACCAUUGGUUCCUUGUUUUUAGCUUCAUCUCAAGCAAUGCUACAACCCUAUGCUGGAUAUGACAUCUCUUAUCCAACAUCGGCUUCACUUUCGAUCCGUAUCUUCCAAGCAUCCUGCUAUCAAAUGAUGGGGAAUUCUUGUCUAGCGUGGCACACCAUAGACGAGGCCACUCGCUUAGCCCAGCAGAUGCGUCUCCACGACGAGCACUCGUAUGAUGGCCUAGACCCUGUCGAGGCAAAGCUGCGCCGCAACGCAUUUUGGUUCCUGUACUCAGCCGAUCGGUCAAACUCUGUGCUUAAGGGAAGAAAACAAGCUCUCGGGGAAUUUAAUCUACCGGGCUCCCUUACUACUACGUUCAGUCCAGAUGACUGUCCUCAGCUGCUCGACCAAGUUCGGCCCGAGAAUGGGGGCCAUUUUGAAGAAAACCUGAUGACAGGUUUCCAAAGACAUCGCGAUGUGUGGAGACUUGGGUUCAGUGUUCUCUUUGACCUGGAUCUAUUCCUGGCUACGAGUUCCCGAACCACCGGAGACACGGGGCUAAAUGACACACAAAUGAGAAGUCUCACCGAAUCGUACUUGGAUUUUUCGAGUGUUCUGGAUGAUCUACCGGAGUUUCUUCAGUCGCCAGCGAUAAUUUGUGAAACAGACAAUGGGCGCGAGAAGCACCAAAGACGGGCUUUCUGGAUCCAGAGGGCAAACAUCACACUCUCAUACCAUUAUCUGCGUAUGGCCAUUUUGAAUCGCUUCUUAUCCGCCAACCUGCUAGGUGUGCUUGGACUGAACGAUGGCCAAACAGCGAUAGACUUGAGAAAGAUAGAAAUCGCUCAUGAGCUACUGAUCCUGAUCGCAAGCGUCCCUCUCGACGCGCUUAAAGCAAACGGAGAGCCUUUUGCCGAAAAACUUCGCUACGUUUGUGCUACCCUUCUUGAAGUAACGCAAAGGCAUGAGCCGUCCCAGCUCCUGGCACGGGCUAAGAAACACUUUACUGCUUUACCCGUUGGCUCAUGUGGGUCUAGCGACCCAGGCGAGCCAACCUAG